AUGGUUCUUCGUCUUGCCAGUUAUGCUCUCAUCACUCGCGCGCGGGUCGUUGUGCUCUCACGUCUCGCUCUGCCAUUUCAAACCCAGAAGUUUCUCUCGUCGUCUUCCUCUUCGUCUACAUCUUUCCAUUUCUCACCUUGGUCAGGCCUCCAAGCGUGGAGGCAAAGUCCUCUCAACGAGAAUCGUAGCUGGGGACCCAAUGGUCGAACCCCAGCUUCUUCGGCUGCAUCGACCACCGACGAUGCGCAUGAUGCCCGGAUUGGGGAAGCUGCUUCUUUGGCGGAGCUAGGCUCGCUGGUUCUUUCCACCAGUGAUCCUCUCACCAAGUGCCGAUUCUCUCAUCUCGCUUACUCCAGGUGGCGCCGCGAAAACCUCCCUCUUGGGCAAUUCACACACCCGCCCCGACCUGCCCGACCCGAAAAACCCAAAUUGGUUUCUCCGAAGGAAAUUCCUGAUCCCAAAAGUUCAGGUUUGCCACUGAAUGCUUAUAUGCUUCACCAUUUGGCCCAUGUUGAGCUCAAUGCAAUUGAUUUGGCGUGGGAUACGUUUCGGUUUUCUCCCUCCAGUGAAAUUCUUGGGGAGGGAUUCUUUGCUGACUUUGCUCAUGUUGCUGAUGAUGAGAGCCGCCAUUUUUCUUGGUGUUCUCAGAGGCUCGCUGAACUUGGUUUUAAAUAUGGAGAUAUGCCUGCUCACAAUUUACUGUGGAGUGAGUGUGAGAAAUCAUCAGACAAUGUUGCUGCACGUUUGGCAGUCAUCCCAUUAGUCCAGGAGGCUAGGGGCCUUGAUGCUGGGCCACGGCUGGUGCAGUUAGUGGGAUUUGGAGACAACAGGACAUCAAAAAUAGUCGCUAGGAUCGCUGAUGAAGAAGUUGCACAUGUAGCAACUUGCUAAAGGUGUACAAUGUAGAACUGAAGGGUCCGUUUAAUUUUUC